AUGGAAAAUGAAGUUAUAGACAUGUUUGAUAAUUUUGAGGAAGAACUACGUAGGGCUGAAAUGAAAAGGAAAGAAGGUGAACCUAUGUUGCAAUUCCCUGAAUCUCAAUUUGAUGAAGGAGUUCCUAUAGCUCAAGAUGAUGGAGUGGCCGAAACUCAAAAUGUAGUGCCUGAAACUCAAUUUGAUAUUGAAAAUGCUAAUUUGGAAGAUCAAUAUAAUGUGGUUGGCAGGAUAGGUAUUGAUGGUGAAGUGGAAUUGCCUGAAAUAUCAUCUGAUGACGUUGAAUUGACCCAUUCAGAUGAAGAAUAUGACGAAGGAGAGCAUAAAGAUCAACAAAUUGGGGACCAAUGUUUUGUACACAACCCUAGGAUCCCUUGGAAUAUGAUGGAACCACACUUGGGGGAAAAAUAUGAAAUCCCGGAACAGCUCAAGCUUUGUCUAACAAAUUAUGCGGUGGCUAAUGGAUACCAAUUGAGGUUUCCCAAGUGUGAUAGUUCUAGGAUAUUAGUACGUUGUGCCAAAAAAAUGAUGAGAAUAAGUGUCCAUUUAGAUGUUGGGCAUAUUGGAUGGGAAAUGAACUAA